AUGGCACGCGACUUAGGCCCGUUCCGCAACGACACGGAAGCGAAGACGGAUCACCUUGGGCGCGCGGUACUUGCCUGCACUCAGUCUGUGGAUGCGACCGGCGACCGGCGACCGGAGACCGGCAACCGCGACCGGCGACCAGCGACCAUGCGACCGGCGACCAGCGACCAGCGACCAGCGACCGGCGACCAGAGACCAGCGACCAGCGACCGGCGACCGGCGACCGGUGACUGGCGACCAGCGACCGGCGACCAGCGACCAGCGACCGGCGACCAGAGACCAGCGACCAGCGACCGGCGACCAGCGACCAGCGACCAGCGACCGGCGACCGGCGACCGGCGAUUGGCGACCAGCGACCAGCGACCAGCGACCGGCGACCAGCGACCAGCGAGUAGUGGACCAGCGACGGAGCUGUGA